GUUUUUCUGAUUUGUUUUGUUUGUAUUUAUUACUUUUUGCAUGUUUGUGUUCAGAUUUAUACUUGUUUUGUUGUUUGUAUUGUUAUUCUAGUUUUUGCAUGUUUUGUUUAAACUUAAUUCUGAUUUUGUUUAGAUUUAAUUCUGAAAUUGUUUUUAGCAAUGUUUUUAGCAACAAAAACAAAAUUCUGGUUUUGUUUAAAUUUAAUUCUGAAGUUAAAACAGAAUUGAAUAGCAAAGUUUGUUUUUCUGAUUUGUUUUGUUUGUAUAUAUUUCUUGCAUGUUUGUGUUCUGAUUUAUAAUUUUGUUUGUUUGUAUUGUGAUUCUGGUUUAUAAUGUUUAGCCUGUUUUGUUUAAAUUUAAUUCUGAUUUGUUUAAAUUUAAUUCUGAAAUUGUUUUUAGUAAUGUUUUUAAUAAUUAUUUUGAUUCUAAUCAAACUAUUUUCUCACCUUUCUGCAAGUGAUGAUGAAGAGCGUUUAAUGAUGGAUGUUUUUCGAGGAUAUAAUUCCUUAAUUUUGCCAAUGCGUAAUGAUAGCCAGCCAAUAAUUGUUAAAAUGACUUUACAACUAAUUCUUUUAAUUAACGUGGACGAGAAGGAUCAGAUAAUGCAUACAAAUGUUUGGCUAACUUUAAAAUGGAAGGAUUACCAAAUGAAGUGGAGUCCAGUAAAUUAUGGCGGUAUAAAGGAUAUACGUGUCCCUCCCGACAAAGUAUGGUUGCCCGACAUUGUACCCCCAGCAAUUUAUAAAAGUUCGUGUAUUAUUGGUUUGUUUUGUAUGUUUUAA